AUACAGUUCCUCAUGUUGUGACCCAACCAUAAAAUUAUUUUCAUUGCUACUUCAUAACUGUAAUGUUGCUACUGUUAUGAAUCAUAAUGUAAAUAUCUGAUAUGCAGGAUGGUCUUAGGUGACCCCUGUGAAAGGGUCGUUCGACCGCCAAAGGGGUCGCGGCCCACAGGUUGAGAACUGCUGCCUUAGAUUGUCAAGUUAAAAAAUGACAAUGCCCAACAAUAGUUGUCUGGUAUGGAUGAAUAAAAAAUAUACCUUUUUUUUUUUUUUACCAGAUUGGCCAAGAAGUAUAAUUUUUGGUGUGCUGGAGAAUUUUAGGAAUUAGCUUAUGGGUGCCAUGAGAUGAAAAAGGUUGAAAAUCGCUGCUCUGAACCAACCAGGCUCCCGGCUGGAGGAGACGGAGUCCCUGUCCCCAUAUUCAAACCCACACUGGCUUGGGCUUUUCCAGCCGCAUCGGAGGUCUGGAAGAACAUGAGGAUUCUCGGUAUCAUCUCAGAUGUAGAAACUGAGGCCUACCUAGACCGUCAGUGCCCAGAUACCGGAGUCCGGGAGGCCGCAGUACAUGGAGCUGCGCCCCGCAGCGGCCGGAGGGGGCGCCCCUGUGCAGCAGCUCCAGGCGCCGAAGUCUUCCGACGGCCUGGGCACCGCCCGCGCCUGGAGCUGGGCCUGGCCCGCUAACCACACCGGGGCCCUGGCCCGGGUGGGGGCGGUGGGGGCGCUGCCCGUGCAGCGCACCAAGAGGAAGCCGUCUAUCAAAGCGGCCCGCGCCAAGAAGAUCUUCGGCUGGGGGGACUUCUACUUCCGGGUGCACACCCUCAAGUUCUCGCUGCUGGUGACGGGCAAGAUCGUCGACCACGUGAACGGGACCUUCAGCGUGUACUUCCGCCACAAUUCCUCCAGCCUGGGCAACCUCAGCGUCAGCAUCGUGCCACCGUCCAAGCGCGUGGAGUUCGGGGGCGUCUGGCUGCCCGGCCCGGCCCCGCACCCUCUGCAGUCGACGCUGGCCUUGGAGGGAGUCCUCCCCGGGCUGGGGCCCCCUUUGGGGUUAGCUGCUGCUGGGGCGGGGCUCGGCGGCAGCCUCGGGGGCGCUCUGGCGGGCCCGCUCGGGGGAGCGCUGGGCGUGCCCGGGGCCAAGGAGUCGCGCGCUUUCAAUUGCCACGUGGAGUACGAGAAGACGAACCGCGCGCGCAAGCACCGCCCGUGCCUGUACGACCCGUCGCAGGUGUGCUUCACCGAGCACACGCAGAGUCAGGCCGCCUGGCUCUGCGCCAAGCCCUUCAAAGUCAUCUGCAUCUUCGUCUCCUUCCUCAGCUUUGACUAUAAACUGGUGCAGAAGGUGUGCCCAGACUACAACUUCCAGAGCGAGCACCCCUACUUCGGAUAGUGCGCCCCGCCCUCGCCCCAGCCCUGAGCUUCCCGCCAGGCCCCAGCCUCCCUAAGUGAGACUCCUCCCCGCGACCCGCAACUCCUGUGGCCCCGUGCACCCUUCCAUUCUGGGGGGCGAGAGGAACAGCCCUCCCGGGGACGCUCAGCUGGCGUGGGUCCCCUUUUCCUGACGGGGAGUGCCUUUGAGGCCCCCCUCAGCUGCACCCCAAAGUGAAGGAACAAGAGCGCAGCCCCAGGAAAGGCGGCCCCAGCGCCCCCCAUGUCCACACUGGGUCCCCUUCACGUCCUGGCGCUGGGCUCACACUCCCUCUGCCCUCAGCUGUAAUAGCGCCUGGCCUGGUCCCCUCAUCCCACCCUGACCUCCUCACCCCCAGGCUCUUGUUGUUCUGCUCCACCCUGUCCCCGUGUAAAGAACUGUAAAGAUGUACUUGUGUAAGCCGCGCCCCCCGCCCCCGCCUGCCCCACGCCGGCUCCUCUUUCUCCAACGCCCCCAGUUCGGGGAGUGGAAGCAGACGCCUGGGCCUCGAUGACUCCUGACUCCGGCCCCUGCCCUCUGCCUGCCUCCUCCCCGGCUCUGCAGCCCUGCUCCACCCGCCCCCUCCCGGCUGCUUCCUCUCGGUGAUAUUUUUUCUACUCCAAAACAAAAUAAAGGGAACAAA